CCUUGGUGUGAAAGAGCAUCAACACGGCAUUUAGCCAAAUUACUUAAAAGCCACAGCAAGUGUUAAAAGGAGUAUCCAACGGUCAGAAAUUGAGGAUAACUCACCAAAACCCUCCCUCUCGAUACUGGAAAGAAGGUAGCAAAAAUGGCAGCAAUCUCAUCUCUAUCUCUAACAUCAUCAUCAACAACGUCUAUUCACUCGUUUAUCUCUCUUCAAACCAACAAGAACAGCUUCAAUUUGAUUUCACUGAAGAAGAAGAGUCAAACAUCCUCCAUCAUCAUAUGCUCUUCUACUAAUGGAAGCAAUGAUUUAUCAAGUAAAGAGAAGAAAAUCUUAUUGGAAAGAUAUGGUUAUGACCAUGACGAGUACUUAUCCCAGACAACCUCAAAGACAAAGAGAAGAAAAGAAAUGGAUAAGACAAGUAAAGGAAAGGGUGCCGUGCCAGCUAGAACUACUCAUAAAUUACUUCAGGUGCUUGCAGGAACGGCACGCCGGAUGAAAUUGCUGUCCCCUAAGGGGAUGGAUGUAAGGCCGAUGAUGGAAGUUGUUAAAGGGGCAGCCUUUGAUAUUUUGCAGGUAGCUGGUGGAUGUCCUGCUGCUCUAAGGCCUGGCCGUUGGUUAGACUUAUACAGUGGCACGGGAUCCGUUGGGAUUGAAGCUAUCAGCAGGGGAUGUUCGGAGGUUCACUUUGUUGAGAUGGAUCCUUGGGUUGUCUCUGAAGUUUUGAGACCAAAUUUGGAGUGGAGUGGAUUCCUUGAUGCUUCAGUUAUACACACGAUCCGCGUUGAAAGCUUCUUCGAAAGAGCUGAGCAAUUUGCAGCGAAACAUGGAUGCUUUGAUUAUAUUAGUGUGACACCACCGUAUGAGGCAGUUGAUUAUGGUGUCCUGAUGAGUCAAAUUGCAGAGUCUGCUUUAGUUGGAGAAAAUACCUUCAUUGUUGUAGAGUAUCCUAUAAGAACUGAUAUGUUGGAUUCUUGCGGUUGCCUUGUAAAGGUUGCUGAUAGGCGGUUUGGUCGGACACUUUUGGCAAUAUAUGGACCUAGUUGGGCUCAGAAGAAGAGAAAUUCCAAAACAUCAGUCGUUACAGUUGCAGGGACUGUCCAACUACAAGCACAAAACAGCUGAGUGAUGAUGUUUUUCUAGAUAGGGAAGAUAUUAUACGCAUAAAAGAGAAGAAGAAGAGAGAUAUGGAUGGAGGUGGGGGUUUAAGGAGUUUUGUUAGAAUUGUUGCCUUUGUUGGAUUUAUUGUGUUUUUUGUUGUUGGAGUACUAACAAGUGAAGAAGUAAACAAACCAACAAAAAGAAGUUUCAAGUAUUCUGCGAUGAUUACAGGAAGUGAAAGACAUAAUGGUGAUGUUGGUGUUGUACAUCCAACUGGUUUAGAUCCCAAUUCCAUGAGCAACAGAAAAGUUCCGAAUGGACCCGAUCCCAUUCAUAACAGGAGAGCUGGGAAUUCUGGAAGACCUCCUCGUCAAGCUUAAACCUGUAUGAGGAUACUGAAGCUUCGGCAUCAUCAUUAUCGUAAUCAGUACUUGUGCAGAAUAUGAAGUCUACAAUUAUAUGUUUAAGUUUUGAAUGAGAAGAAUAUAUAAUCGAUGUUUGUUAAGUCCAAUUAUGUUUCACAUCAAAUUUUAGACAGAUUUUGUUUGAAAGUUUGAGUUAGUGGAGAAAAAGAUAGGUUAAAAUCCAAUAAAGCUUCUCAGUCACAAAAUACACAUACAAGAAUCCAGGAGAAGCUACACUUUGCAGACAAGAACUACUUUAGUUUAUUUCUUUAUUAGAGUGAAGAGAAAGUAAAGAAGGAACAAAACACAAGAAAUGUUCUAGUAGUAUUAGUAGUAGAAGUGUGGUCAUAGAACUUGUAAAUCAAAUAGUCUCCAUCAGAAACAUCUCUGGCUUUGGCUUUUUGAGAUGGUAAGCUUGUGCAGUUGUUGUGUUGUGUUUCAAAUCAAAAGCCUUGAAGAGUCCCACCAUAUACUGAAGCUUUUAGGAUUUAUUUUUCUUUCUUGUGGAAGAUGAUAUUGUAUUAUAUUUAACCAAGUGA